AUGACUGGUUCGAACACCACCUCCCCUGUCACCGCCGAAUCAAAAAUUCACUCUGCCACAACCGUCUCCAAUAUCAAAACUUUGAUCCUUAUCACUCUUGAAAUCGAAUCCAGGCAAUACAAUUCUUGGGCCACCCUUUUUAAACUUCACUGCAAAUCUUUUCUUGUGUUCGAUCACAUCAAAAACAAACCUGAAAAUACCUCCUCCUCCAGCGACACCACCAAGCCGUCGGAUGAUUGGGAGCGUCUGGAUGCCAUUGUUUUACAAUUGAUAUACAGUACGAUCUCAAACGACCUUUUACACACCAUCAUUAACAAGACUGCCACUGCGUACGAUGCUUGGGUUGCCAUCGAAAAUCUUUUUCAUGACAACAAAAGUGGUCGUGCGAUUCAUCAUAUGCAUAAAUUCUCCAAUACCCGACUUGACGGUUUCCCGAAUGUAUCCGCGUACUGCCAAGAACUCAAAAGCUUGGCCGACCAACUUGCUAAUAUCAAUGCUCCUGUGGAUGAUGAUCGACUUGUGCUUCAGUUGAUUGCCGGUUUUAACGAAGAAUACGACGGAAUUGAAACUAUUCUGCAACAACAGGAACCCUUGCCGUUAUUCUACGCCGCCUGCUUCAAGAUUAUUCAGGUUGAAAGUCGCAAAGCCGAACAGGCCCUACAUGCCUCCAAAACUGCCGGUUCGGCUCUCACAGCCACUACACAACGCUCGGUUCCCUCCGAACCGAAUAGACACGAUGACCGAACCGGCGGUAGGGGCCGUGGUCGGUCAGGCAGACGAGGUCGGGGACGUGGGCCCUAUGGCCGAGGGCGUCCAAUGCAAAACUGGUCCAAUCAAUUUUACAACCCGUGGAUGCCCAACUCAAUCUAUGGCUCAUAUCCGAUACCCUACGGCCCUCCUCAACAACCUUACUGGGCCGCUCCACCGUGUCCCUACCCGUCUACCAACAGGACCAACACCAACACUCAAGGUUCAGGACUUCUGGGCCCACGCCCCACUCAAGCCCACAUCGCCUACAGCCCGACAGACAUCGAACAAGCCAUGUAUACCAUGUCCCUGCAGCAGCCUGACCCUAUUCAGUAUAUGGAUACGGAAGCAACAUCCAACGCAUCUCAUGAAUUAGGUGACUACCAUUCUUUUUCUAAUUCGUGCAUGUCUCAAAAUAUAAUUGUAGGAAAUGGCGACACCAUUCCGGAUUACAAGACCAAGAAGCUGCUCCUCAGAUGCAAUAGCAGCGGUGAUCUUUAUCCUCUGGUGCUCGGGUCAACUACAUCUCAACCUACCGCUCUUGCUACUAUUUCUGCUCAACUCUAG